AUGGAUCUUGAAGAUGGGCAGAUGGAAAUUGAUGAGCCCUUGAGGAUGAUAACGAUGACAUGGGAUCCCUAUUCUGCUGUGUUGGUAGAGGCCAUGCCGGAACACUUGCUCGAGCAUCGUGCUGAGUGGCUUGCCAGGACCCCCAUGAUCUGUUUCGAGGUCGUGGAGAGCCACCUACCGGACCGAGUGUUGCGACAGUUCAGACUUCACCAGCCUAUCCCCAUGCCCUGUGACACUAGUAUUCGCCUCCACGGCAUUGACCGUCGUGGAAAGUUGGAGACAAACUGGGCACUGGAGCAUCAUCAAUUCAUUGAGCUUUGGGACCAGCGGUUGGAGUCCAUCGUUGACGGUCACCUGUUUCAGGGUGUUAUGGAUCCACGUGAUCCUUACAUGGUAUGGUACAGGCAGAUUACACGCCUUUUCAUCAACCCUACCUACACCCCACCGUCCACGCACUACCAUCCAGCUUAUGAUGUUAUCAGCGGACUUGCGGGGGAUAUGGGUGCGAUGGUUGAUGCACUUUCAGAUGCCUUAGCAGCCGUACCCACCAGAGCCCAGGUUGAGCGGGUGCGAGAUAUGGGCAUACAUAGCUUGCAGAGAUAUGGCCAUGGCCAUCUCGUCCACCCCAGGGACGAUCAUGACCCCAACUCCUUCCAUUCACAGUUCGACUUCGGACAGAGUAGUGGUGGAGGUCAUACUUCGGGCUCUACACAGGCAGAGGAUUACUUCAUCCAUAACACCGCUCCCGGCCACAACCAGGAUGACUCAUCGUCUCUCCAGCUGACUCCUCCACCGUCCCGAGACCCAUUCACCACCAUUUAGCAUUACACGAGGCGUCCGAGGCGUGUUCGUAGACGGACGGAGGACACACAGGAUGGAGAUCAGUUAACUCCAAUACAUGAGUCCGGAUAGUAUUAGUUAGUUGAUCCUUUUGUGGUACUCAGAUAUUUAACAAUGUUGUAUAUAACGCUUACAUUAUUAAUACAAGAAAUGUUUUCUAAAUGACUCUCUGUACAAUUUGAAGUUUAUUUCCCUUAUUUGUCCGAAUUUGACUUUUGUUAGUGAAACUAUAUCUUUUAUAUCCGUUAUAUGUAUCAAGCAGCAUAUAUUUGGUCUCCUGCACUUAAAGUGCUGUUUCACGAUGGUUAUCAUGCUGUUGGGGUUGUUUCCAGUGUUUGAUGGUUGUCGGUGGUGGUCGAUGGUGGUGGAAAGGUUGGGGCUGGUGGUGGGAAUGCUCUUGCGUUGUUUAUGGUGUUUUAUGGUAGUUUAUGGGUGGUUGAGAGUGGCGGGCGGUGGUGGUGGGGGAGGUGGUUGAUGGUGGUGGGGGUGGUGGUUAAUGAUGGGGGUGGUGGGAAUGUCCUUGCGUUGUUUAGGGUGUUUUGCAUUGCAUAGGGGUGGUCGAGAGUGGCGGCCGGUGGUGGUGGGGGAGGUGGUUCAUGGUGGUGGAUGGU